AUCUGAAGCGCCGAAGAAGACACUCAGAGCGGCAUGUUCAUUUAAUCGAAUCUUUAUUGAACUGUAAAUUAAAAAUGCAAUUUGUUUGAUCAAUUUAUCUCAACUUGUGAUGUAAAAAUGUCAACGCUCGUGUUGGACAGUGGUGCGUACUUCGCUAAAAUCGGGUACAGUCAUGAGAAAGUCAGCGUUAUCCCAAAUUGCCAAUUCCGUUCGAAGACCUCCAGACUGAAAACGUUCACUGCUAAUCAGUUGGAUGAAAUCAAAGACCCCUCUGGACUCUUCUUCAUCCUUCCCUUUCAAAAGGGGUAUCUCGUAAACUGGGACGUGCAGCGCAAAGUCUGGGAUCAUUUGUUUGGGAAAGAGAUGUUUAAGGUGGACUUUCCAGAUACCAACAUCGUGAUAACAGAACCUUACUUCAACUUCAGCUCGAUUCAAGAAUCCAUGAAUGAGAUUUUAUUUGAAGAAUAUCAGUUCCAGUCGGCGCUCAGAAUCAACGCUGGAUCUUUGAGUGCUCAUCGAUACUUUCAUGAGAAUAACUCCGAGCUGUGUUGUAUUGUGGUGGACAGCGGCUUCUCCUUCACGCACAUUGUUCCUUAUUGCAGGGGAAGAAAAAUGAAAGAGGGCAUUUGCAGGGUAAAUGUGGGAGGGAAGCUGCUCACCAACCAUUUGAAGGAGAUCAUUUCAUACAGGCAGCUGCACGUGAUGGAUGAGACUUACGUGAUCAAUCAGGUCAAGGAAGAUGUGUGUUAUGUGUCACAGGAUUUCUACAAAGAUAUGGAGAUUGCACAAUUGAAAGGAGAAGAUAAUACAGUUAUGAGAGACUAUGUGCUGCCAGAUUUCAGCUCUAUCAAAAAGGGCUUUUGCAAGCCUAGAGAAGAGAUGAAUUUUACUGGCAAAUAUAAAACUGGGGAGCAGAUUUUGCGGCUCACCAAUGAGAGGUUUGCAGUGCCAGAGAUGCUCUUUCACCCCUCUGACAUUGGCAUACAGGAGAUGGGCAUACCUGAGGCUUUAGUCAACUCCAUCAACAACAUGCCAGAAGAGAUGCAGCCCCACUUCUACAAGAACAUUGUCCUUACUGGCGGAAACACCUUGUUCCCCGGAUACAGAGAUCGGGUGUACAGAGAAGUCCGGGCGCUCGCUCCUGUAGAAUAUGACGUUUCGGUUGUUCAGCCACAGAAUCCUAUAUGCUACCCGUGGGAAGGAGGAAAGUUAUUGGCCGAAAACCCUGACUUUGAAGAGAUGGUGGUCACUCGGGAGGAUUAUGAGGAAAAUGGACACUAUGUAUGCGAGGAGAAGUUUGAUAUUUGACCGUCACGUGAAUUGUCAGCCAUUUUGUACAGAAAAUUGGAAGGCUGUAUGUAUGUGUUGUAUGAAAACUAAGCUGCACAUUGGCAUACUGUACAUUGCACUCAAUAUUACUCAAAUCAACAUGCCUUUUUAAAAAAAAAAAAAAAAAACUUUUUGUAUGUGUAUAUAUAUAUAUAUUAUUGAUGUGAACUGGAGAAUAAAAUACUUUUUUCUUUUUUUUUC